AGAGGCUUUAACCCACUGAGCCACCCAGGUGCCCCUCUGGACCCUUGUUAAUGUACUUUCCAUCUCUCUGCCGUGGUCUCUUCCACAAAAGUCAUUUACCAGUCAUUUACCAUUUACCGACAAGCCCUAAUGCACCCAGGUUCUCCCAGAGGAAGCCAAGGGUUGUCCCUAGCCCCCUAAGUGGUUUCUCACUUUCAACCCCAUUUCCAAUCUUUUGUCAGACUGGCCAUGGUCACUCCACACUCCCCACCUCCUUCCCUCAAACCUGCCCUACCUCUUCCCUCUCCCUCCUGCCUCCAAGGUCCCCCCCCCAGGGGGUUCUCCCAGCUGCCAGGAGCAGGGGACAAGAGGAGGGACCCGUCGUUGUAGGAAGGAUGGGGGAUGGUUCCCACAGGGAGCUCCUCUGGGCCUCAGGGGCCCCGGCACUCGGCUCUGCCCCGCUCAGCUCCUGGAACAUCAGCCGCGUUGCGCAAAAAGCGAGGAGGAGAGAAACACCAGUACACAAGGGUGGGGGAAAGGUUAGGCCCAGGAAGCCGUGGGAGAGCCAGCCGGUUCAGACCAUCCUGAUUUCCCCAAACGCGCCAUUAUCCCUCUGGGAAAACCUGUUGGUGAAGUCCUAGGUGUCUCUUUCAAGAAGGGUCCUCCUGAGGUCAUCUCAGCCAUCCCCCCCCUGCCUCCAGGCAGGCCAUUUUCUCUAUUUCCCCCAAGAUGACUGGCUGAACGGUAUGAGCCUUUCUGCCAGGGAAACUGAGGUCUGGGGAGAGCGCCCGGGGCACCAGGGCCUGGGGCUGGGGGCGGGGGACAGGACCCACGGGCUGAUAUCCAGCGGUGACUCCUGCCUUUGAACUCCCACCUCCUCUUUGCCUGGUGUGCGGCGGGGGUGACAGUGACGUCACAGGGGUGGUGUGCCAGCCACGUGCUGGGCGCCAAGCAAAACAGCCGGGGCAAGUGUGUGCCUCAUCCGUGCCUGGGAAGGAAGGCCACCAAAAGAACUUGUCAAUGCCCCAGACAUGAGCCAGCCCAGGCCCCGCUACGUGGUAGACCGAGCUGUAUACUCUCUCACCGUCCUUGAUGAUGAGUUUGAGAAGAAGGACCGGACGUACCCACUGGGAGAGAAACUUCGCCAUGCCUUCAGAUGUUCCUCGGCCAAGACCAAAGCUGUGGUGUUUGGGCUGCUCCCUGUGCUCUCCUGGCUCCCCAAGUACAAGAUCAAAGACUACAUCAUCCCCGACCUGCUGGGUGGACUCAGUGGUGGAUCCAUCCAGGUCCCACAAGGCAUGGCAUUUGCUCUGCUGGCCAACCUUCCUGCCGUCAACGGCCUCUAUUCCUCCUUCUUCCCCCUCCUCACCUACUUCUUCCUGGGGGGUAUACACCAGAUGGUGCCAGGUACCUUUGCCGUUAUCAGCAUCCUGGUGGGUAACAUCUGUCUGCAGCUGGCCCCAGAGUCGAAGUUCUGGGUCUUCGACAAUGCCACCAACAAGAGCUACGUGGACACGGCGGCCAUGGAGGCUGAGAGGCUGCACGUGUCCGCAACCCUGGCCUGCCUGACGGCCAUCAUUCAGAUGGGCCUGGGCUUCGUGCAGUUUGGUUUUGUGGCCAUCUACCUGUCCGAGUCCUUCAUCCGGGGCUUCAUGACGGCGGCCGGCCUGCAGAUCCUGAUCUCGGUGCUCAAAUACAUCUUUGGACUGACCAUCCCUUCCUACGCAGGCCCGGGGUCCAUCAUCUUUACCUUCAUUGACAUUUGCAAAAACCUCCCCCACACCAACAUCGCCUCGCUCAUCUUCGCCCUCAUCAGUGGCGUCUUCCUGGUGCUGGUGAAGGAACUCAACGCUCGUUACAUGCACAGGAUCCGCUUCCCCAUCCCUACGGAGAUGAUCGUGGUGGUGGUGGCGACAGCUAUCUCUGGGGGCUGUAAGAUGCCCCAAAAGUAUCACAUGCAGAUCGUGGGAGAGAUCCAACAUGGGUUCCCCACUCCCGUGUUGCCUGUGGUUUCCCAGUGGAAGGACAUGAUGGGCACAGCCUUCUCGCUGGCCAUUGUGGGCUAUGUCAUCAACCUGGCCAUGGGCCGGACCCUGGCCAGCAAGCACGGCUAUGAUGUGGAUUCGAACCAGGAGAUGAUCGCCCUGGGCUGCAGCAACUUCUUUGGCUCCUUCUUUAAAAUCCACGUCAUUUGCUGUGCCCUCUCUGUCACUCUGGCUGUGGAUGGUGCUGGAGGAAAGUCCCAGGUGGCAAGCCUGUGUGUGUCCCUGGUCGUGAUGAUCACCAUGCUGGUCCUGGGGUCCUAUCUAUACCCUCUCCCCAAGUCUGUGCUGGGAGCACUGAUCGCUGUCAACCUCAAGAACUCGCUCAGGCAGCUCGCUGACCCCUACUACCUGUGGAAGAAGAGCAAGCUGGACUGUUGUGUCUGGACGGUAAGCUUCCUAUCCUCGUUUUUCCUGAGCCUGCCGUGCGGUGUGGCCGUGGGCGUCGCCUUCUCCGCCCUGGUGGUGGUCUUCCAGACUCAGUUUCGAAAUGGCUAUGCUUUGGCCCAGGUCAUGGACACUGACAUUUAUGUUAAUCCCAAGACCUAUAACAGGGUCCAGGAAAUCGAAGGGGUUAAGAUUGUCACUUACUGCUCCCCUCUCUACUUUGCCAACUCGGAGAUCUUCAGGCAAAAGGUCAUUGCCAAGACGGGUGUGGACCCCCAGAAAGUGCUGCUGGCCAAGCAAAAAUACCUCAGGAGGCAGGAGAAGGGGAGGCUGAGGCCCACACAGCAGAGGAAGUCUCUGUUUAUGAAAACCAAGACUGUCUCCCUGCAGGAGCUUCAGCAGGACUUCGAGAACGCCUCCCCGACGGACCCCAACAACAACCAGACUCCUGCUAACGGCGCCAGCGUCUCCUACAUCACCUUCAGCCCUGACAGCUCCCCAGAGGCCCACUGUGAACCACCAGCCCCCGCUGAGAACCCCAGUGAGCCCAGUGACAUGCUGGCCAGCGUCCCACCCUUUGUCACCUUCCACACCAUCAUCCUUGAUAUGAGUGGGGUCAGCUUUGUGGACUUGAUGGGCAUCAAAGCCCUGGGCAAGCUGAGCUCCACCUAUGGGAAGAUCGGUGUGAAGGUCUUCUUGGUGAACAUCCACGCCCAGGUGUACAACGACAUCAGCCACGGCGGCGUCUUUGAAGAUGGGUGUCUAGAGCGCGACCACGUCUUUCCCAGCAUACAUGAUGCUGUCCUCUUUGCCCAGGCAAACGCCAGAGAAGUGGUCCCAGGACGUGACUUCCAAGGGGCUCCAGUGGACCCGGAGCUGUCCCUAUGUGAUUUGGAGGAGGACAGCCCCAGCUACUGGGACUUAGAGCAGGAGAUGUUUGGGAGUAUGUUUCACACGGAGACCCUGACUGCCCUGUGAGGGCCCAGCCAGCCCCCCACACUGUCUCCAGAGCACGUGGCAUCCGGGACUCCCAAGAAGAACGAGCCUGGGGUCAUGAGGAGGGGUGGGUAGAGGAGAGCACAUCCACCAGGACCUCCGCCCCUCCCUACCCUCCCCCUCCUCCUCCUCCUCUCUCCUUUCCCCGCGGGCCUCCUGGCAUCUCUAGAGCCAGCCAACCUCAGCAACAAGGAAAACCACCUCUUCACUCUCCUGCUGAUGCUCAGGGCCCUGGCCAGAAGGAGAAAGCCUACAGCUCACCCCACCGCACCCACCCAUGCCCUGCCCAAGGCAGCUGAUGGGACCCCCACUGCACCCCCGCACCCUGGCCCAGAUUGCUGCCUUUCAGAGUGAGCCAAGAACAGAAGGGAGAAUGGGCCCCUGCUGACCUAGUGUGCAAAGGCCCUCGCGCCCCCAGCAGUUUGGUGUCAGAUGGUGUCAAGCCAUCACAGGACACAGGAACGAACUUGCUUAGGACUCAAUGGCUUGCCCCGUCCUGCUGCCCCAACUCUGUCCCUGGCAGCUGUGUGCUCCUGGGACCACAUGCUCCCUGCGACCCAGGACUCGGUCUUGACUCUGCCUCCUUCCUCCUCAUCUCAAGGCUGCUGGGAGCUCCACUGCUGUUCAGCACUUCAGACUCAAGCCUGGGGGUGGCUAGGGUCCUGGGGCCGUCAGAGCUACCUCCCCUGAGGCAGCCCACCAACGUAGCUGUCCCCAAACAUGAUCUCUCCCUGCUGCCUUCAGGGGCUGCCCCCCUCCACUUGAGACCCGGGGGAGAUCCAAAAAGGACAUGUGGGUAGCCACCAAAGUCCUCUGGCAACCUAGUAACAGAUGCCAGUUAUUCUGCAUAAAAGCUCUUGGAAAUCCUUUCUUGUACUAGAGAUUUGGGGGUGGGGUGUACUAGGGGCAACCAAGGGCUGGUGGGACCUGAGCCCUGAUGGUCCCCUUGACUUCAGAAAUGCCUCCCCCGCUUAGGAAAUCAGCUUUGUGCUUUUUCACUUGGUGAAGAGCCAAUGAUUUUAGCUCUCCCUUAUCAGCUUGGAGCCUAGAUCCUUCGGCCAGCCAGGGGAAGAAGCCCCCCAAGAGCCAGUGGCACCCCCCAAGUGGGUGCAGAACAUGGCAAAGGGCUGAUCCAGAUUGGGUCUUCCUCCACGGGCUUCCUUAACAAACUCAGGACCUGAAGUCAUCAUCUAGGACAGAUGAGAAGAGGGAUACGUUCUUUAUGGAUGUGAAGGGUUAAUUGAAGAACCCUACUGUUGACUUGAAAAUAAAUAGAUGGCAUGUGCAAGUAUUUGGGGAAAUUCCCAUGGAAGUGCCCAGAAAACCUUUCCGUCUUCCCUCCACUGUUUCUUCCAAGCUCCUUCAACUCAAUGACCCUGCCCAACAGGUUGGGCUGGCCCAACCUGGAAAAAAAAGCCCCAAUUCCUAACAUCAGCCUGACCUAUGCUGUGUGUCUGUGUGUUGAGCGAGCUGGUCAGCUAGCAAGUCUUCUUAGAGUUAAAGGAGAGGGUGCUGGCAAAGAGCCAACAGAUUCUUGGCCUACAAGCAUUGCUUCUCUGUGAUUUCAUUAUGCCAUCUGGCUGCCAAUGGAACUCAAGACUUGGAAGGCAGAAGACAAUGUUAUCUGGGAUUCACCGUGCCCAGCACCCGAAGUGCCAAAUUCCAGGAGGACAAGAACUUUAGCCAAUGACAACUCAUCUCCCUUACUCCACCUCCUUCAAAGUCCAUCUCAGGCCCAGGAGGUGGGGGGAGGUCACAGAGCCUCAAGACAUCCCGAGCAGAGGUGUCCUUUGAACCAAGUGUCCAGACAGUGGAGGUAAAAUUGGAAACGCAUUCGGGAGAGGGAGGAUUUGACAAAAACCUCACUACCAGAAGACUUUGAAAAGAAUCCGAGCAAAGUCAAACAGACCAUUGUCUGGACAUGACUGAGGCAGGAAAGGAGGGCAAGGUAGCGAAAUAAUCCAGAAUUUCAAUACUUUUGAAUGUUCUUCGUGAUACUGACCUGUGAUGAUGGGAUCCCCGGGGAAGCCCGGGACUCGCGAUGUUUGUGUAAUUUAUUUAAUUUAAACAGCAUUCUCCUUUGGUUCAUUUUGGUAAUAAAGUGGUUUUGAAAUGUGAA